UCCUUUUGGUCAGUCAUAAAAAUGCCGUAUAAAGGCCCGCAUGUUAAAUUAAAUCGCACAGAAAUACAAUAUAAUUCUAAACUAGGACGUUACUUAGCAAAUGGUUCGGAAUCUGUAAAAUCGCGAGAUGUUAUUCUACUUGAAGAAUUACCUUUCGCAAUAGGACCAAAAUGCAAUAGUCCGGUACAAUGUUUGGAAUGUUAUAAAUAUGUUGCUUGCAACAGUAUCGAUAAUACCGAUCGUUGUAUUUCCUGCGAGUGGCCGUUAUGUGAUGAAUGCCAAAAUCGUGACGCGAAAUAUCAUGGACAAAGAGAGUGUAAAAUAUUUGUGGAAGCCAAAGCAAAAUUUUACAAUAUGAAAAGUGAUCAAAACGGUUGUCCGCAAUUAGAUUGUAUAACAACUUUAAGAGUUCUUCUUGCGAAAGAGGCAGAACCGGAGAGAUGGGAACAGGAGGUGGCAUCUAUGGAAUACCAUGAUAAGGAGCGUCGUGAAAACACAGACUUUUGGCAUGCAGAUCUUGUGAAUAUCGCCCAGUACUUGAGAGGUCCUUGCAAGUUGGGCGAGCGGUUUUCCGAAGAUCUUAUAAUGCAAGUGGUAGGCAUAUUGGAGAUCAAUGCUUUCGAAGCCCGUACCGAUCAAGGUUAUGCCCUUCGAUGUUUAUAUCCCGUAACUGGAAUAUUGGCACAUAACUGUGUACCAAAUACCACUCGUAGUAUCUAUCCCAGCGAAGAUUUCAAGAUACGAUUACGUGCCAUGGUUGAUUUAGAUCCUGGUCAACCAUUACAUCAUUCAUAUACUUACACUUUGGAGGGCACUGCCCAACGGCGAGAACAUUUAAAGGCAGGGAAAUAUUUCGAAUGUGAUUGCGAACGUUGCAAGGAUCCAACAGAAUUGGGGACACAUUUUAGCUCAUUUAAAUGCAGUAAAUGUGACGAUGGUUGGCUUUUGUGGGUUAAUCCUUUAGAUUCGCAUACAGAAUGGAAAUGUACAAAUUGUGAUUUUAAAACUACUAAUGAGGCUGUGCAAAAGGCCAUAACUGUAAUGCAAACUGAGGCAGCCGAAAUUCAAGCGAUGGAUAUGAGUCCAGAACGUUUGGAAGAAACUGAGAAAUUGUUAAAAAAAUAUCGUUCCGUUUUGCAUCCGUUACAUUUUAUUCAGACAUCGUUACGACAAAAUUUAAUUGAAAUGUAUGGGCGCGUAGAAGGCUAUGAAAUGGUUGAACUGCCCGAUGUGCUAUUGGAGCGUAAAGAAGAAUUAUGCCGGCAAGUUUUACGUGUUAUGAAUGCCUUCGAGCCCGGCUUAAGUCGUUUCAAAGCCAUGAUCCUCUAUGAAUUGCAUGUACCCAUAGUUUUAUUAGCAAAAAGUGCUUUUUUGGCGGGCAUAUUGACCGGCUUAAAAUUAAAAGAGAAACUUUCAGAAGCUAUCGAUAUAUUAAAAGAAUGUGUCGACGUACUUCAAUAUGAAGACCAUCAAUCUCAUGAAGGAGUUCUGGGUUUAGUGGCCAAACAAGCUAUGAACCAAUUAAUCCAAAGUAUUGAAAAUUUAGGAGCGCAAGAGGAAAUUAAUGACAACGAUGACAGGGGAGAUGAAGACGAUGAUGACGAUGAUGAUGAUGAGAAAAACGAUGAUUCGAGUUAAAUUAGAAAGACAGUAAAUAAAAUAAUUCAUCUUUUAUAGUUAAAUAGGAUUCCUUUGGAAAUAAAUUUUUUUUAAUAAAUUUUAAUAUUUUAAUUAUAUGCUCCCAACCA